AUCAUGUCCUUGCCCAAGCAAGGAGGUGACCCAACACACUCAUCUCACUCCAUGUCAGCUGCAGCAGCAGCUGCUGCUGCUGAGCAUCCUCCUCCUCAAGCAAUCCCCUUCCUCCCCUCUUCUCCCUCCCAGUCCCAGGACCACCAUGCAUCCAUCCAUGGAAUUCCUCUCAGAGACAGCAGCAGUUCCGGCCGACGCCACGCCAUGGAAUCCCUCCUCCCUGAGAAUAUAUAAACACGAGCGGAGGGGUCGCUGUCCGUGUACGCUCGCGGCGGAAGCGACUACAUUGCUCGCCGUAGCGUACGUCUCCGGCGACCACCAUGAACCGGCGGCGGGGCGCCGCCCGGGAGUUCGAAGACUUCGACCCGGCCGUGGAGUGGAAGCUGGCCGGGGAGGACCAGGACGUGGUGGAGAUCUCGCUGCCGGGGUUCCGCAAGGACCAGGUGAGGGUGCAGGUGGACAACCACGGCGUGCUCCGCGCCACCGGGGAGCGCCCGGCGAGGGGCGGCCGGUGGGCGCGGUUCAAGAAGGACCUCCGCCUCCCCGACAACUGCGACGCCGACGGCGUCCGCGCCAGGUUCGAGGGCGAGAAGCUCGUCAUCACGCUCCCCAUCGUGGCCGCGCCCAGAGCGGCGCCGUCCCCGACGCCGUCUCCUCUGGAGCCCGAGACGCCGCCGCCGCCGCCGAAACCGCGUCCAUCGCCGCCACUCCCGCCGCCACCUCGCCCUCCACCGGUAGCACCACCUCGUGCUCCUGAUUAUGAACGGCCGCCGCUACAAGCUCCAUGGCAACCGCCUCCACGACCAACUCAUCCUCCAAGUUAUACCGAACCGGCGCCGCCAAUUCCAACGCGACCGCCUCCACCCCCACCUCCUCUUCCAAGUUAUUCUACGCCGCCGCUGCCGCUCCGGCCUCCGUCGCCGCCGCCUCGUCGGCCUCCAUCUCCGCCGCCAGCACCACCACCGCCACCUCCAAAGUACGAGCAGCCACCAAUUCGGCGUCCAUCACCACCACCCGCGCCGCCUCGUCAAACUUACUCUGACAAGCCGCCGCGUCAGCCUCCGUCACCCCCACCCCUGCCGCCAUCACCUCGCCUUCCUCCUCACUAUAAGCUGCCGCCGGCUCAGGCUCCACGUCCAUCACCACCGCCGGCACCACCACGCCCUCCUAUUAUCGCAGAGCCACCGCCUCCACCCAAAGCACCUCAGCCUUCUAUUUAUUCAUACCUGCCACCGCCGCAGCAGCCUCCACUACCAGCUCCGGCGAAGCCCGCCAUUGACGAGCGGACAAAGACCGCCCCCGCGGAGCCGAAGCCGUCGCCGUUGCCACAUGGGACGCCAGCUGCUGUUCCGGGGCAAAUGGAACCUGCCUUGCCGGAUAUAACAAUCGCUGUGUCACUACCUUCUCCGGCAUCUCCGCCUACUCGGCAAGAUGUUACUUCUCCGGCAGCCCCGCCUCCUCGUCUACCGGAGGAGAAGAAGAGCAAUAAAAGGAAGGGGACGGAGGAGGCGGGUGGUCCGUCAGGGAAGAGCCAAGCGCGGGCGGUGGGAGAUGCUCCGGUGACGACGAUGGUGCCGCAGCCGGAGCCUGCAAGGCAGCUGCUGGUGAACGCUGUCGCGGCGGCGGCCGUCCUCGUGGGGAUCAUCUGGACGGCGUGGCGCAACCUCAGCAGCUGAGCGACCGAUAGAGCUGCCCCAUUUGAAAUGGACCGGAAGUAACUUUUAAAAGUGCUGCUUGUAAUUAUGUGUUGUUCUGAACUUGCAAUUGCAGAAGUCAUUCCCAGAUUUACCAAGCAGAGAAUGAGAGUAUCCUAAACAUGUACUGAAGCUCUCAGACGCUCCUUUGUGUCAAAAGCAAAACACUAUUGUAUGGAAACAAAAAUAGUUCCUUA